CAGUUUUGACGGUUAUUCACUAAAAAAUGCCGCGCUUUAGAUUUUGCGGGCGUGUUCCCUGUGUAGCAAUCCUCGCAAUGGUGUUCUAUUUAUGUGUUAAACACACUCAUGUCGUCACGGAUGUCGGUACGUCAAGAAAAAUUAUAGAAUAUGUCAGGCGUGGCUCUCUCCCUGCAUUACGUAACGACGAAAUGUCAGAAAAAACAGAAAGGAUCGUUUCAAAGUAUGCAUGGGUUUUUAAAAAGAAUUAUCUGCCAAAUUUUUACCUCAGACCUACACAGAAGAAUUUAUACUUGUCAGACCAUGUGUAUAGCAAUUCCACUAUAGUAUUCGUUCACAACCAGAAAUCAGGUGGGUCUAAUACUAAAUAUUGUUGGAAGAGUAUUCUACGCGAUGAGGGUCGGGAUUUGCCGAUACUUGCCGCAAACACUAACGCCGAAGAGUUCUACACAGAGAUGUUACACAAUGAAUCAAAUCAACGACUUGCCCAGUCUUACAUGGGUGAUUCAACCUUUGGUAUAUGUGACUUUACCGAAGCACCUUGUUCUUAUUUUACGAUGUUGAGAGAUCCAUAUGAACGCGUCAUAUCGUCAUAUAAUAUGUGCAAAACUAGUACACAACAACAGUGCAUUGUCAAAAACGCUUCCACACGUUCUGUGAAUGAAUGGGCGGUACACCAGGGCAGUUUCUUCUUCAGACAACUGUUAACGAAUCCUGCGUUUUUUACUCCAUUGUAUAUACAGCUUGUUGAUAAGCUACGGGGACCUAAUGACUCUGUCACAAAUAUGAUCCCACCUUGGUGGAAAACUGAAUUGAUUUUACGACAUUUGUUGACGAACGACGAACGGGAAGUGUUGUUACAAUACGUUCUCGGUCGCCUGGAGUAUUGGUUUGCUGUGAUCGGACUGACCGAAGAAUUUGAUGAAAGUUUUUUGAUGUUUGAAGAAGUAUACAAACUUCCAUUUCACACAAAAUGCACACCUGAAUACCUAAUGAAAAAACGAAACUAUACCGCAACUUCAGAUGUUAACAUAGGGAAAGAUGAAAUUGUCAAAACUUUGCGUGAUGUUAUGAUGUCCGACCCAGAAGUCAGUCGUGCUCUUUAUUAUGACAACGAGAUUUACAGAAAAGCUAAGGACACGUUUCGUCGCCAGAAACUAUCAUAUGAGAAUCGACAGACCCACAUUUAG